AUGCCGCGCGUGGGCACCGGCGCCGGGGCCGGCGGGGACGACGCCGACGGCGACCGGAUCAGGGCGCUGCCGGACGGCGACCUCCUCCACGCGCUGGGCUUCCUGCCGGCGCGGGACGCCGUUCGGACGUGCGUGCUCGGGCGCCUCUGGGGCAACCAGUGGCGCGCCCUGCCUCGCCUGCGCAUCACCGGCGCCGAGAAGCUGCACAUGUUCGUGAACCAGCUGGUCCUGCUCCGCUACCCGGGGUUGGUUCUUGACGAAUGCGAGAUCGACCUCCGGGGAUUGGGAUACGCCAACCGCAUGCACGUCAACCUCUGGAUCCGGCACGCUCUGUUGCUUCGAGCUCGAGUGUUGUGCCUGAGGUGGAUCCCCGGGUUACAGAGCCAGCCUCUUGCUUCCAUGUUCUUGAAGGUAUUGCAUCUUGUGGGUGUAAGCUUUGAAGGAAAUAUCAUUGAUUUCUCAAGCUGCCCAGCGCUGGAGGAUCUCGAGAUCACCUCGAGUGAAAUCGAUGCCCAUGUAAUCAGCUCUCCAUCUGCUAAGCGUUUGAGAUUGGUGAAGUGCAGUUUUAUUCUCUGCCCUUGCCCAGAUUACCGCACUCGUAUUUCUACCCCAAGUAUCAUUUGCCUGGAAGUAGAGGAUUGUAGUGGCUUCCCUCAUUUGCUUCAAAGCAUGCCGUCUUUGCACACCGCAUCUGUUUGUGUUGGCUGCUUCGAUGAGGAUGAAUGGGAGGAAAGUUGCUCUGUGGGUUCCUGCGGUUUUAAUUUCUUUCCGCUGCGAUGA